GAAUCUCUGAUAAAUGUUUAUAACUGUGAACUCGGAGCACAAAUUUAUUUAAGUCCUGUUCUCAGAGAAGAUCUCAGUUCAAGAAGGCUUUGCCGAAGUCAAGCACUUCAGAACCAACUAUUGCUUUAUAUGUAGAGUCCAAAACUUCAUCAGAUUGUCGCCCCAGCAUCCUUUCCACUCAUGGAUGAAGAGAAAUCUCCCGAACAUCCCCCAGAAGUAUCCCUGCCGGUGGUGCGUCCCCCCGACGGUGGAUGGGGGUGGUUCGUCGUACUCGGAUCCUUCUUCUGCAACGUCAUCGUAGACGGCAUAAUAUUCAGCUACGGCCUUUUCUUGCCAGAACUAGCCCAAGACUUGGGAGAAUCAAAGGGUCGACUAGCAUGGGUUGGAUCACUCUUGGCAGGAUUCUAUCUCAUAGUAGGCCCAGUGGUGAGCGGUCUAGCUAACACCUAUGGCUGCCGUCCCGUCACCAUUUGCGGAGCUGUCCUAUCGUCUGCCAGUUUUGCGGUUGCGUCUUUUGCGAACAGUCUCGAGCUUCUUUGCAUCACUUUUGGAGUACUAGGAGGCAUCGGAUUUGGUUUCAUCUACUUACCCGCAGUCGUGACAGUGGGUUUCUAUUUCGAGCGACGGCGUGCCUUGGCUACCGGACUAGCCGUGUGCGGAUCCGGCGUGGGUACGUUCCUGAUCGCGCCUCUGGUCCGGUUCCUGCUGUCCCAAUUUGGAUGGAGGGGCACGCUAUUAGCCCUGUCCGGCCUGGUACUGAACUGUGCUGCGUUCGGGGCCCUCUUCCGACCCCUGGUGCCUGUUCCACUCGUCGAAGGAGAAUCCAAGCUGCGAGAAAUAGAACCUAUAGUAGCCCAGAUGUCCGUCAGUAUGCCAGAGCUUUCAUGUAGUUUGGGAAGCAAGUUUUCCGAAAGCCCAAACACAUCAGAAGACAAUGACAGUCCUCCUCCAUCGUACAGUGACGUCAUUGGAACAGACAUAUUUUUUGCUCCUCCUGCAACAUCAUCACUCCAAAAAUUGCCGUCAUUGAAUCAGUUAAAACCAUCACACUCAUACAAAAGUGUCUCUUUUCUUCGCCCCAUGAAUCCUCGAUUCGGAGACCUAUCCCGUCCAUUUUAUCGUCAGGACAUUUUGUACAGCGCCAGCCUUCUCAAUUUGCCAGAAUUCAAAAAGUCGCAACAGAACAUGGCUGUAUACUCUGCAAGCAUCACAAAAAUUCCAGAACAAAACGAGGAACGGUCUUGUCUUUCCUUGGCAAUGAAAGAUACUUUCAGGCAAAUGCUUGACACUUCCUUACUCCGAAGUCCGACAUUCUUGUUGCUAGCUGCUGGUGGCUUUCUGACUUUGGCCGGAUUCUUCAUCCCGUUCAUGUUUGCCAUUGACAGAGCCGUACAAAGAGGGAUUUCUGAGGAAGAGGCCACUUAUCUGUUGCCAGUCAUCGGCCUCACCAACACCGUGGGCAGAGUGUUCUGCGGAUGGAUAUCGGACAGGCCCUCUCUAAAUGCACUUUCCUUGAACAACGCUGCCCUAAUAGUGGGCGGCCUUCUUACGAUCAUCAGUGCGUACCUGAACACGGUUGAGCUGUUACUUACUUAUGGAGCCCUUUUCGGUUUUUCCAUCGGUUGUUUCGCAACUCUGCGCUCUAUUGUGAUUGUUGAUCUCUUGGGUCUUGAGAAACUGACUAAUGCCUUUGGUUUGCUGCUGCUCUUUCAAGGAAUCGCUUCCAUCAUUGGUGCACCUGUUGCUGGAAUGUUCUACGAUGCAACAGGAAGUUACGAUGCAUCUUUUUACAUAUCCGGAUCACUGAUUCUGCUGUCCGGAAUAUUAGGCUUGCCUUUGUCCAAACUGUCCAGCUGGGAGAAGAGGCGUCAAGCAGCAAGAUGCCGGCAGUCUUACGUCGUAUCUUCUGACUGCACAGAGGAUGCAGUAUCUGUGUGACAGUGGUUAACAUAAACAAUUGCCAAAAAACUUUACAUUCACUAGUACUUCCUGUGUGCAUUUGUUUCAUCGUGAAUGAGCCAAACCUCUCAUCGGAAUUGAAUUUUUUUCUUGCUCCAAGCUUGGAUAAAAAUUCAUGUCGCAGGCCUUCAUAUGGCACGAAAUAUGUUUCACAUAGUAACAUAUUAAAAUUGCAGUAUUCUUUUUCCACAUGUGUUCGCAGUUCUAGAGCUUGGAUAUGCCACUUUGCGAUUAUUUAAGAAAUUAGCCAAAGAGGUUCCAGUUUGGUGCAGACGUUUGGCGAUGUCUGAGUGGACAGCUGAAAGUGGAUGAGUGUUUGUUUUACCAUCUUUAACAGCCAUUGUUCAGAGACUACAGCGCCUCUUUUAGUUUAUUUUAAAUACGAAUUGAGGUACAUUCUGUUCAAAUCAUUUUCAGAGGAUGAAACUGAAAUAGCUAUUCAUAGUGGCACAUUGCUUUUAAAUUAUCAGUACUGAAAGCAGACGAACGUUGCAACGCCGUAAUUGCGUUUCUUCAUCCUGUACCUAUUUAAAAUAGCAAUGGAUCAGUUGUAUUAAGCCGGAAGAGUACAUAUCUGGCAUCAAUCGCACAACCUCAAAGUGCAAUCAUUGUUUUGUUUACAUGAAAUGGUUUACAUGAUAAAUAUGUUGCUCUGAAGAUAAUAAAUGGAAGAUGUAUUUGUAAAGAGACGUUUUGCAAACUGAAAGUUUAGAAGUAAGGUAACAAACCGUAAACAGACGUACUAUAAGUUGGAGCUACCUCAAACUAUUUCUUAUGUGAAGCGAGACAUUUCAAUUAUGAACUAAUGGAAGUGAUUUAUGUUCUAGAGAGUGUCGAAUGAAGUGCAAAGUAAACAAGAUUAAUUAGUUUUAAAAUAUGAAGAAUGCAGCUUUGUAUCCAAUCAUAAAUAUGUGUUGCCAUAAAAAUAUUAGUUUUGUUAGAAGAUAGAUUACAGUAUAUCUUUUUUGUAAAAAAAUAAUUUAGAACAAGUUCAAUAUUUGCUCAAAAGAAAAAAAGAAAAGAUAAAGAAAAAAUGAUAGAAAAGAAAGAACGAAAGAAAGAAGCAAAAGAAAAAGAAAAGCUAUAUUGAUAUGUUCGAGGAUAUUUAUGAAGUUUUAAAUGUCUGUAGAACUACAAUAAUCAAGCCUUGAAAAAACAUUUUAUUUUUAGAGUAAUAAGUUUCUAUGAUUGAUUAUUUACGCUGAUGACUACUAUCAUGAGCAAUUUCUCUCAAACAGAUCUUAAAUUUAAUUCAUAAUAUAUAGCUCUUAGAACAUGAACAAUUACGAAUGUGCCAUGAAUUACCCUUGUGCUUGAAAAAAAUAAAUAAGUAAAACAACAUAAAAAAAAGUAAACUUUGCAGGAAAACUGCAUUUACGUGUUUCAGGGUUUCAAGGAAUCCUUUUUUUCAAAGGAAAAAAAGUGAGCUUUUUGGAUGCAAAGACAUCCGAUAAAGGUCAAGCUUUUAUGUUAUUGGCCGGGGUUUGGGUUGGAAUGCUUUCGCAAAACUACGACGAAAGAAGCCCAACUCAACUCAGCGCCAAUUAGCCUUCUGUAUUACCCCCAAAACAGGUAAAUCUUAUCAAGUUUAUGUCCUAACUUAUCAGAGCCACACUAUAAGACUAUUGUUGUAGACUGAAGAUAUUAUGCUUUGUAGUUAAUGCGACAGUCUUAUGCAAUUUUGGAACAGAAAACGUCCUGAGUUCACAGAUAAUAAAAACAACGAAAUCUAGUCGAAAAUGAAUCAUUCACACCAUUUUUUUUCCAGAAUACCAUAAGAUAUCAUAACAAUCAAUAUUUUGUGACAAAUGGAAUGUUAUGUGCUUAUGCUAAGCACAUAAUUAUACAUUGUUUCUUAGAGUGAACUUAAAUCCUUUUUAUAUUUUGUAAAACUUAAAAAUGGAAGAGGUUCUACUCAAAUAAAAUUUUGCAUCUAAACUUUCCUUCAACUGUGAUAUAUUCAGUAAAAACUGAGAGCAUUUUAAAGGAAGACAGUUUUUAAAAACCUUCAUAAAAAACAAAACUAUUUUCACUUUUAUAUGUGAUGAAAAGGGGCCAACAUUUUUUGAAAUAUGAAUAAAGUGUACAUCAUCGAUCUUUGUAAA